CCGAGUACGUCUACAGUCAGCCUUAUGACAUUUGAAGUUCUACAAUGAACCCAUCGGAGAUGCAAAGAAAAGCACCUCUGCGGAGACGGAGACACCGCAAUCGAGCACCGUCGGCUCACAAGAUGAACGAAAUAGUGAUAUCAGAAGAACAGAUGAAGUUGCCAUCCACCAAGAAGGCAGAGCUGCCGACUUGGGCACAACUAAAGAAGCUGACGCAGUUAGCUACAAAAUGUCUAGAGAACACAAAGGUGACACAAACUCCAGAGAGUAUGCUGCUUGCAGCCUUGAUGAUUGUAUCAACGGUGGUAAGUCUCCCUAUGCCUGCAGGAGCAGCUGCAGCUAAUUAUACCUACUGGGCCUAUGUGCCUUUCCUGUCCUUAAUUCAGGCAGUCACAUGGAUGGAUAAUCCUAUAGAAGUAUAUGUUCAUGAUAGUGUAUGGGUACCUGGCCCCACAGAUGAUCGCUGCCCUGCCAAACCUGAAGAAGAAGGGAUGAUGAUAAAUAUUUCCAUUGGGUAUCAUUAUCCUCCUAUUUGCCUAGGGAGAGCAACAGGAUGCUUAAUGCCUGCAGUCCAAAAUUGGUUGGUAGAAGUACCUACUGUCAGUCCUAACAGUAGAUUUACUUAUCACAUGGUAAGCGGGAUGUCACUCAGGCCACGGGUAAAUUAUUUACAAGACUUUUCUUACCAAAGAUCAUUAAAAUUUAGACCUAAAGGGAAACCUUGCCCCAAGGAAAUUUCCAAAGGAUCAAAAAAUACAGAAGCCUUAGUUUGGGAAGAAUGUGUGGCCAAUAGUGCGGUUAUAUUACAAAACAGUGAAUUCGGAACUAUUAUAGAUUGGGCACCUCGAGGUCAAUUCUACCACAAUUGCUCAGGACAAACUCAGUUGUGUCCAAGUGCACAAGUGAGUCCAGCUGUUGAUAGCGACUUAAUAGAAAGUCUAGACAAAUAUAAGCAUAAAAAAUGACAGUCUUUCUACCUUUGGGAAUGGGGAGAAAAAGGAAUCUCUACCCCAAGACCAAAAGUAAUAAGUCCUGUCUCUGGUCCUGAACAUCCAGAAUUGUGGAGGCUUACUGUGGCCUCACACCGCAUUAGGAUUUGGUCUGGAAAUCAAACUUUAGAAACAAGAGACCAUAAGCCAUUUUAUACUAUCGACCUAAAUUCCAGUCUAACGGUUCCUUUACAAAGUUGCAUAAAGCCCCCUUAUAUGCUAGUUGUAGGAAAUAUAGUUAUUAAACCAGACUCACAAACUAUAACCUGUGAAAAUUGCAGAUUGUUUACUUGCAUUGAUUCAACUUUUAAUCAGCAGCACCGUAUUCUGCUGGUGAGAGCAAGAGAAGGUGUGUGGAUCCCUGUGUCCAUGGACCGACUGUGGGAGGCCUCACCAUCCAUCCAUAUUUUGACUGAAGUAUUAAAAGGCAUUUUAAAUAGAUCCAAAAGAUUCAUUUUUACUUUAAUUGCAGUGAUUAUGGGACUAAUUGCAGUCACAGCCACGGCUGCUGUGGCAGGAGUUGCGUUGCACUCUUCUGUUCAGUCAGUAAACUUUGUUAAUGAUUGACAAAAAAAUUCUACAAGACUGUGGAAUUCACAAUCUGGUAUUGAUCAAAAAUUGGCAAAUCAAAUUAAUGAUCUUAGACAAACUGUCAUUUGGAUGGGAGACAGACUCAUGAGCUUAGAAUAUCAUUUCCAGUUACAAUGUGACUGGAAUACGUCAGAUUUUUGUAUUACACCCCAAAUUUAUAAUGAGUCUGAGCAUCACUCGGAUAUGGUUAGACGCCAUCUACAAGGAAGAGAAGAUAAUCUCACUUUAGACAUUUCCAAAUUAAAAGAACAAAUUUUCGAAGCAUCAAAAGCCCAUUUAAAUUUGGUGCCAGGAACUAAGGCAAUUACAGGAGUUGCUGAUGGCCUUGCAAAUCUUAACCCUGUCACUUGGGUUAAGACCAUUGAAAGUACUAUGAUUAUAAAUUUCAUAUUAAUCCUUGUGUGCCUGUUUUGUCUGUUGUUAGUCUGCAGGUGCACCCAACAGCUCCGAAGAGACAGCGACCAUCGAGAACGGGCCAUGAUGACGAUGGCAGUUUUGUCGAAAAGAAAAGGGGGAAAUGUGGGGAAAAGCAAGAGAGAUCAGAUUGUUAAUGUGUCUGUAUAG